UGAUAGUGUUUUUUUCAUGAAGGUGUUUUGUUUUAUUUGAAUUUUUGGUGUAGUACUAGAUUAGUACAACUAGUCAAUUUAAUCGGUACUGACAAUUGCAUUUUAAUUAUUUUUUCAGGUUCUACAAGGAAGUAUAAGGAGCUGAUUUUCGUUAGCGGACAGCGUGGAACUCCGAAGCUGAUUGUGGACGGUUACUCGUUUAUUAGAAAUAAGGGCAACUUUAAGACGACCUACUGGCGCUGCUCGAAGCUACGGACGCUCGGCUGCAAAGCCAAAGUAGUAACUAAUAAGGACGAUAACAAGGUUUCGAUUACCACUCCCGGCCAUUGCCACAUGCCGGACUAUGAACAAUACACUUGAAUGUUUCGAAAUAAAUUGAGUUAGAAUGUUAUUAUCGUGAUUUUUUUAGAACUUCAAUCUAGUACUACAGUAAGAUUAUUAAACUAUCGCUCACCCAAUGUGUUCUUUUUAGGCGACUUAAAGUACUCGUUCGUCAUGUCGUCGGUGCCCUCGAUAACGUACAUCACCGGCCAGCGGGGCGCGCCCAAGAUCGUGUACGGGGACUAUUCGUACGUGUGCGCUAAACAUAUCAAGAACCGCAAGUACUGGAUCUGUUCGAAGCAGCGCAGUCGGGGCUGCAAGGCGCGGUUGAUUACCGACUCGGACGACAAACUGUUCAUCACGCGCAACCUGGACCACAAUCACACGCCCGAUCCCACUUACAGCAGAAAAUUGUACAAAAGGGUCUAGUGACAGAUGAUUGUUUAAAAUAAUAAAAUACUUGAUACAAAAUUGAUUAUUGUGUUGCAAAGAUGAUUGAAAAGUUUUUUGUAAGUAUACUUUAAUCCGCAACUAACACGAUUUCACUCUAAUUGCAGAUUAUGAAGAGUAUUUUACCCAUUCGUACGCCGAGUAUGAGCCUUUGAAGGUGAAAAAGACGGCCAUUUCGUUGGACGAUCAGCAUUUGGACUUCGUAUCGGGUCAGAGGGGAACGCAGCUAUUACGCAUCAACGGGUACUGUUACGCGAAAAAUAACAAAUCCGCUGACACCACCUACUGGGUGUGCCGAACCCGGGUCCACACGAGGCCUUGCAACGCGCGUGCCAUGACGACGCUGAAGAGCAACGGCCUGUACCGGAUACUGAUAACCAAUCCGGUACACAUCCAUGAGCCCGCGCCGCGCCGUCCCCCGGGAAAGCCCCGGAAACGAACGCCCAAGGUCAAAGUGGCGCUGGAAGAGCUGUACACGUUUGACUUUGACUCUUCCAACUGAGAAAUGUUCAAAAUAGAGAUAGCAAAAAAGACUUUAAAUGAAUUCUAGUACUGCAUUAAGAGAAAUGUCUUCUUUAAAAUUUAGACUUUUUCGUUCAACCAUGCCAUAAUUUCAACCUUUCUCACCUUUCAGAUCUUCACCCCCUGAUAAAGUAUUCCUUAUCGGCAACGUCCUCGCCGGUUCCCCCGUUGACCCCUUCCCCACCGCCACCACCCAGAAGAAGAUUCCGCCAAAAGCCCAAACCGUUCGUCCUGGACGAUCAACCGCUGGUACUGUUCCAAUCGCAGCGCGGCAAACAUCUGCUGGUGUUUGAAAACUAUACCUUCUCCAAGAACAACACCGUCGGUGACACCACGUACUGGGCCUGCCGGGUCGUGACGAACCACGUCAAGUGCACGGCCCGUGCUAGUACUACACGGAAGGCAAACGGCCUGUUCCGCAUCAUGCUGGGCAACGCCACGCACAACCAUUUGCCCAAGAUGACGAACAGGAUGCUGGUGCAAUCCGCAAACGAUAACAACGUGUUUUAUAUGAAAGCAUAAUAAAUUGUUGCAUUUUUUUUAACUUACGUGAAUGUGUGUGAAUGUUCAAUUUGUCAAAACUUUCUAAUAAUUACCAUUCAACUAACACAUUUUCCGCUUCUCUCUUUUCAGUGUACUUCAAACGAAAAAGGUUCCGGAAACGUGGUACCAUCGUGCUCAAGCCGCAAACGCCGGUAAUCGAGGAAAUCCUGGAAGGUCCCUCCGAACCCGUCGUUCUAGUACCUCGUCGGCUGGGCGAAAUGAAGGUGCACUACCAGGACAAUUUUUACGGUUUCCACUACGCUAAAAGUGGCGUGCGAUUCUAUCGUUGCGAUAUGAACGAAUUGAAUCGCUGCCAAGGUCGGAUUCUGCUCUACAAAUCACGAGUUUAUCCCGUGGACGAGUCGCACAAUCACAAGCGUUAAGAUGAGCGUUUCGGAGAGUGCCUUUUCUCAUUGUAUGCAAUAAAAUAAUUCAUUCGACAUUGUUUACACGUUUCACUUUUUUGUAGUACUAGAAUGUGCGAUUCAACGUGCAGCUUUAAAACUAAUAUGCAUUUUUAUCUUCUUCUAGCUAAGCCUCGUGUAAUUGAUGAUUACCGAAACAACCCUGAAGAUUUUGAACUCCCCAAUCCCAUUGUGCCGGGAGUAUCGAACGUCAAAUGUUACGCCCCGAUAAAGAAAAUUUCCAAGGAUGUCGAUAAAUCCAAAGCGGUCUCCGCAAUCGCCGAAACCUUCUCGCCACCCCCGAAACCCAAAAGAGCCCGCGCCAAGCGUCCUGCCAAACGCCGAACCGCCCUAGAUCUCGAACGUAUUGUCGCUGACGGAAGUCCCCACCCGAUGAUCAUCGUUCCCACGACCAAGGGUUGCGUUGGUCUGUCGCACGGGAAUCACCACUACGAGCACCACUUUGGCCGGAAAAACUACCGCAUGUUCCGGUGCGCAUGGCACUCGUCCCACUGCUGUCCCGCCCAGGUGGUGGCCUUCGAGAAGCAGUACGUGAUGAGCGUGAAAGGAUCGGCCCAGCUGAUGAUCAACGGAUAUACCUUCACCCGACACAUCGUCAAAGACGAUACCAUUUACUGGAGAUGCACCCAGUUUCAACCCGAGGUCACCUACAUCACGAGCCGGAAGGGGACUUUGCAGCUGGAGAUCGACCGAUAUCGCUUCACGAGGCAGAAGAUCUGCAAGUCCACGAUCAGGUGGGAGUGCCUCCAAACCAAGGCGCUCUGUUGCAAGGCACGUGCCACCACAAACAACGCGGUUCGGGGUGCGGUCUACUACUUCAACAACGAACACAACCACCCGCCGCAAAUGGAACGACGCAAGGCGGAUAUACCACUAGAGACGCAAAAGUGUGAUGAAUCUCAAAAUGCUGAUGAUGUGGACACCUGCUACGUUAUUAGUCGAAAAGGAACUCCCCAGCUGAUGAUCGAUGGCCACUGUUACAGUCGGCAACGGGUUCGCGAUCGUACCAUUCGAUGGCGCUGCGUACAGUUCAAGCCUCUGAACUGCAUGGCACGUGCCACGACGGAGCGUCAGAAUGGUGGGAAACUUAUAUCGAUCAGCGGCCAGCACAAUCACGACCUUAUCCGAGAACGGCGCAAAAAUGGCGAGCUCAAGGAGCUGCUGGCGAUUCGUCAGGCGGAACGCGGCCAACGGCCUGCUGGAGAUCAGCCUGAAGAGCAGUUUUAUGUACAAAAUUUGCGCGAAGUACAUGCCGUUCUGAGCAAUCGAGGCAAAGUGCAACUGAUGAUCGAUGGAUUUCCGUUUUCGCGGGAAAAAGUGCGACCGAAAACGAUUCGAUGGAUUUGCAAUCAGGCGUGGAUUUUGAACUGCAAAGUGCGUGCCACCAGUGAACGGACGAACGGAGAGAUAAUCUCCGUACGGGGCACGCACAACCACGUUGUGGUCAACAAUCGACGCCAGCGAGGAGAGUGCAAGGUGAUCAAGGAGCAUGCACGUCUCUACGGACCCGAACAGUCCGAGCCCCGGCGGAAGGGAGGUCGUCCACGGAAGCGACUACAAUAGUGAAAUUUUAUGAAUUUUGUUUCGUUAUCGCGAUAUAAAGAUCAACAAAAAUCGAUUGUUUUUUUUUUUCUUCGGAAUCUAGUACUACAUGUGUAAAUAGGUUUGACACAUUAAUCCAAAACUAAACAAUUUUUAAUUUUUCAGAGGGCGUCAGCUACAUUACAAGUCAGCGAGGAACAACGCAGCUGAAAAUCAACGGUCAUACUUUUACUCGGUCGCAAGUUCGCAGUCGCAUCAUAAUUUGGGUGUGUACUCAGCGGCGAGCGCACGGUUGCAAAGCACGUGCCACUACUUGCCGAUUUUCGCAGGGCAGGCUUGUUUCAAUGCGGGAAGAUCACUCCCACGGCAUCAUUACCUGGCGAAACGUUCGUCGUACUAGAAUGGUCAAAUAAAUCGUCCAGUUAAAGCACACAAUAAUAAUUUAAUAAAAGACUGAAUUUUUUAAAUAAUGUUUUUUUAAUUGUUUACAAAAUGACUUACUUAAACAUUAUUUUAUCAUGCUAAAAAUUUCGACCGUUCUAGAUGCCAACGAAAUUACCUACGUACUGACGAAGCGUGGCAAGAUGCAACUUUGCGUGAACGGCUACCUGUACACCAGGGACAAAAAACGUGGCGAUUCGCAGUUUUGGGCCUGCAACCAGUCGAAAGUGUUAAACUGCGCCGCCCGGGCAACAACGUACCAGCGAGGAUCUCAGGGCCAGAAGCUGACGUUCCGCGGCUGUCACAACCAUCCGGUCAUCGCCGAGCGCCGGAAGGCCGGUGUCCGGGCAAGGCUGGUCAACAUGUGCAAGCGGGAACGGGGUUUGCUAAAAUAGCGUUGACAAUUGUUUCGAAGAAAAAAAAUGCUGUGAAUGCGAACAUCAAAAUCUUUCGUUUCUUUUAUUGAUUUUUAAAUAAUUGAACUUUAGACUACAUUCUUGAUUUAGGUAUUCUAAUUGCAGUUUAUUUCAUGCCAGGUGACUAUGAAGUGCAGUUCGUGAGGACGAACCGUGGACAGCUGCAGCUCUGUGUGGACGGCUAUCUGUUCAACAAAAACAAGCUGACGGAAGAAUCCCAGUUUUGGGCAUGCAAUCAGUCGCGGGUGACGUACUGUCCAGUUCGUGCCACAACCUCGCGGGUUGAGCAACCGGGACCCGUGAGGAUUGCGCUACGAGGAACCCACAACCAUCUCGUGCUAACGGAACGACGACCGUGGGGUGAACGGGUCAGACUUACCAAUGCUAACAAAAGUCUGAUGGCAAGGCAAGCUAGGAAAAAAGACUACCAAAAUUAAUGUAAAAUAAAUGCCUACAGAUGCAUUCUAGUA